AAACUGCAUUCUUCUUUUCUUCUUUCUGUGGACAGCCUAUUUGCCUUCUUAUAGGUUGUACCCAAUUCCUUGUGUCAUCACCAAUGGAUCACUAGAAAGGAUCGUCACCUUCUCUAUCUCGUCUCUCUUUCACAUGUCAAGACCUUGACGAUGGCUUCAGGCACUUUGACAGCUCAGCUGCUCUCUGUCCCUGAGCAGCUGAUUGCCCCAAUCUACACCACCAUCAAGUCGCUUCCUCUUUAUGUUUCAAUCAUUGUCUUCACUGCACUUGUGGGUCUUGUCUACCUGACUGUCUAUACUGUCCUCCACCUCAUCGCUCCCAAGCCUCGAGCCCCCUUACCCUCCGAGAAGACGUACAUCACCACCAACCCCGAUGGCAGCACCAGCGAGCCCCGUCCUCUCCCCUGCUGGUUUGACCGCUGGCUCGCCGAGCGCCAGUUGAGCGAGUCCCCUGCGGCUAGCGACGAUGCAUUCCACAUUCCCGACACCGGCUCCAUUGAGCCCGCCAAGGUCGAGGUCUCUGUCGUGAUCCCCGCCUACAACGAGGAGAAGCGCAUCAUACCCGCUCUCGAAGAGGCCAUUGAGUAUCUCGACACUCGCUUCGGCCGCCCCACCGCCAACGGCGACGACAAUAACAACAACAACAAGCGCAGGCGGCUUGCUAGCCCUCCUGCCACCCAGCAUCACCGCCAGGUGUUUAGGAGAUCUGGCAAGAAGAAUGACAAGGAGGAGGUCGUGUCUGGGUACGAGAUCCUGAUUGUCAACGACGGCAGCACCGACAGCACUGUGGAUGUCGCUCUCGAAUUCAGCCGCAAGCACGGCCUGCACGACAUUCUGCGUAUCGUCACUCUCGAGAAGAACCGCGGCAAGGGCGGCGGCGUAACCCACGGCUUCCGCCACGUGCGCGGCGCGUACAUCGUCUUUGCCGAUGCCGACGGCGCCUCCAGGUUCUCCGACCUGGGCAAGCUGAUCGAGGGCUGCGAGGACGUUGUCGAUGCCAGCAGCCGCGGUGUCGCCAUCGGCAGCCGCGGGCACCUGGUCGGCAGCGAGGCCGUCGUCAAGCGCUCCGCCCUGCGCAACUUCCUCAUGAAGUCGUUCCACACCGUCAUCAAGAUCCUGACGCCGCCGGCCACCUCUCGCAUCCGCGAUACCCAGUGUGGCUUCAAGCUGUUCUCCCGCGCGGCACUGCCCCACAUCAUCCCCUACAUGCACGCCGAGGGCUGGAUCUUCGACAUCGAGAUGCUGAUGCUGGCCGAGUCCGCACCCCCCACGAGCGUCCUUGCCAUCGAUGGGACUGUCAUUGGCAGCUCGUCGGGCAUUCGGGUUGCCGAGGUCCCCAUCGACUGGCAUGAGGUUGACGGCUCCAAGAUGAACCUGAUCAAGGACAGCCUCAGUAUGGCCCUGGGGCUGGCCGUUCUGCGGUUCAGUUGGAUGCUGGGCGUCUACCGCCGCCGGACUACCUGAGCGUGGUGUGUUUGUAGAGACAUUGCAGACGUGACUAUACCAAACGUAUGUGGAGGACUGUAUUCUAAGGAGAAAAGGGAAAGGAAGAAAAAAAAAAUGCUGUUUGACCAGAUGGACAGGAAGGAUGGGAUAUACAAUGACUAUACGCGACCAAUCACCACCCAAUAGGGACAAAAAGAAGAAGGCCACCGACAGUUGGAUUUCCUCUCGUCACUAUCAGCUGGGAAAAGUGUGACUGUUUGAUCUUUUUGAAUCACCUCACACCUGGCCAGAAGGGCAGGGCUAUCAGCUUGUUGCCAAUUUCUCGGGAGGGCUUAGAAAUAGAUUAGAACACCCGGGACAUAGUCGAGAUACCCUGGAAAAUAUUGAAACCACUGAUCCUGUCG